AUGCAACCAUUAGAUUGAUUCUAUUACUAUGGUAGCUAAUGCUACGGUUGAAUAAUCAGUACUAUAGCAGGUUGCCAGGUGUUGUAUAUAGCAGCCAGCGUUGUGAUUUGAUCAUAAAGUUCUUUUCGAAUAAGUUCUUCACUUUUGGCCUGAUUAGCUAGUUCAUCUUAAUCACGGUAAGCCUUUUUUCUUCAAUCUUAGGAAAUUUAGGCUAUGUUUGAAGAAAAAGAAAAAAAAAAAUAAGGAAAAUGUAGGGAAAAAAACGUGGAUAAUAAUAAAAAAAAAUAAUUUUUCAUUUGAAUCAAAACUUUUUCUAUACAAUUUUUCUUUAAAUACCAAACAUGAGAAUUUAUUGUUUUAUAUUUUUCACUUUUUGUUCUUCUUAUUUUUUUUUUCUUCACCAAAAGUUAACUUCUAAGGGCUUGUUAGAAUUACAAGUCUAUUAGGUAUCUGUUAUGUAAAAGUUUUACUCUCACUUUCCUAAGGCAUGCUGUCCUGUAUUCUCUGUUUUCUAGUAAUACGUGACUUGGGCAUGUUGUUCUAUGAAUAGAAAAUUCAAGUGAGAAGUGGUUCACUUUCAAUCUAAUUAUCUUCUAUCAUAUUUAAUUCACUGUAAAAAAUUAAUAAAUAACUAAAUAAAAAUAGAAUAUUAACAGAUCCUAAAUAGGUACACGUUGACUUCACACCGAAUAGCCGCCCAAACUAAUGAUAGCGCCAUUUCAACGGCUACAUUAUUAUUAUUAUAAAUGGAAACAGGAAGAGUCAGUCGCAGGAGGUCUCUUUCAUUCCAUCAUCACUACGCUGUGGUUUUGGUACUACCUCAACCUCUCUAAAUUUUCUAUUACAACAUUACAGAGAAAGACAAUAAUAAAAGUUCCAAAACUAAUUGAAAAUUUUCUUAACAGCGAGACCUUAAAAUUUAGCAUUAUUAACUACAUUUUUGACCCAAUAAAGUUACUUUCUUUUACCUUAAAGAAAACGACAAUUUUAUGGCAUGACGAAUCUUAAAAGAACCGAAAGCCAUAGAUUCCCAUAAAUAUAUAUUUAAAUUUAUAUUGACCACAGCCACGGCUACUACCACCAUCGUUCUGUAAUAAUGUUACAAUAAGAAAAAUACUUGUGACGUCUAAUUUUUGUACAUAUGAUUCUUUAUGCCAUACUUUUUUUUUUUGGUUAGCUCAGACACACAAGGUUUGGGUUAAAGUGAAGUGAAUUGAGAGUUUAUCCUUUCGUUGGUUUUGGUUUUUGAUUGAGAAAAUAACUAUGUUUUUCUGACUAGGAAAAAAAAAUGUUUUGUUGAUACUUGGGUUUGAAGUUUUGGUGAAAGUUUGACUGAGAGUUUGGGAUUGAUAUUUGUUUGUUCUUGAGUUGAUUUUCUAUUUGUCUUGUUCAUUAGAGAUUUGGGUUUAUGUUGAUAGUUCUUCCAUGGUCUUUCAAAAGUUUAGUGUUCUUUUAAUUUGUUGUGUCUUGGAAAGUUUUUAUGGUCAAAUGGUGGAACAAAGGGAGCACAGUGAGUAAUUAUCUUGUAAAAGGGAGAAAGUAGUUAGCAGAAAGCUUCUUCCAGUUUUCUCCCUUUCUUCAAAAUCAAGGAAAAAAGAGUUUCUUGGAAAUGGAAGGAAGAGAGCUUCCAGAGUUAUAUAGGAACACCAGUGAGGAGAUAUUUCUAAGAUCUUAUAUGGAGAGUUCAGUGGGACCUUCUGUUCCAUCCAUUGAUGUCCUGGGGUUUAGGAAUCUAUCUCAAAACUUUCGAACCGAUAGUGAGGAGCUUUUCAAAAGUUGGCUAACAAAUGGAGAGAAUAAUUCCUUCAACACGUCCGGUAUAGCACAUCGUACUCGACAAGCAUCGCGAAGGAUAUCCACUGAAAUAUCCAAUUUGACCGGUCAGCAACAUGUUGGUAUGCUCCAAAAGAAAAGAAGCAAUGACAUUAUAUAUCCUCAAAAUUAUGCCUCAGCUGAUGAUACUUCUGGCAGUGUCAAUCAUCACUCGAUCAGGAAUGCAGUUGAAAAGGGAUUACAUGGUAGUGAGUUGUAUCUGGCUAAGGCUUGGUUUCAUAGUUCUCAACCCAUGACAAGAAGUCGAUCCUCUGAAUUGCGGAGGAAGUAUGCUGCAACGCAAAGUUUCCAAUCAACAGUUGGUCUUGAAGUGCUACACCAUGCUUCUGCACAAGGCAUCAACACAAUGGAUCAAUAUUAUCCAAAUGGAUUCAUUGGCUCCUCAGCUUGUGAGAUACCCAACCAAAUGGAUACUUUUAUGUCUCCAUCUAAUUCUUCCUCCUCUACUUUUAACAACCCACCAGUUGGUGAGAUUGAUAAAGUGACUUCUGUCGUAAACAUGCUUAAGGGAACAUUAGAACGUAAGAAGCUCAACAACCAUAUCGAAAAAGAAAUUGUUGAAGAUGAUAGUUGCAACGAGAUUUUUCCUGCUCGAGAAUUCACCUUCAAUGUGAACUUCAGUCAAGAACAAAGGAACCAGAUUAAUGAGAAACCCUUUAAUUUUCAUGAUGUAUCCCCUGAUCAAGUCAAGGAUUUUGGAGUUGUACAAAUAAUUGAUGGAUCAAUGAAUCUUGAUUUGGAAGGUUUUGUAAAUUCUACAAAUCCAAUUCAAUCAAGCCGAGGUUCUCAAGAACCUUCUCAAAGUGAAUCUUCUCAAGCUGCACCAGUAAUUUCAUCUGGUUUCGAUGCGUGUGAUGGUCCCAGUAACUCUGGUCAAGCUAUAAGUGUUUCUGAGACCUCAAGGAAACAAUCUACAAAUCGAAGUUCAGAAAAUGGUUCUAGAGCCAAAGAUAUCAGGGAAAGGAUCAUUGGUAAUUUGAAAGAUGAUCGAAAGAGGGGAAGCCUUCGUCGACAUGGAUCUGUGACAUCUGCUAUUUCAGUUGACAAGGAGGACGUAACCAAGAAGCGUAGGGUGGAGCGAUCGCGAAAAAUGGCUGAAGCAAAAGAAAGAAACUUGAGUCCUAUUGUUCCAUCAGAUAUGCAAUCUAUUUUGAAGCGGUGUGAGAAUCUGGAGAAGGAAGUGCGAUCACUAAAGCUUAACUUGUCCUUCAUGAACAGGAAGGAUUCUGAGCAGACCAAGCAGAUUGAGGAGCUUCAAAAACAGAAUGAGGAUUUACUAGACGAAAAAGAAUGCCUUAUAGAAGAGAUUAAAAGGAUCAUGUCAGAAACUGACAAGAUAUGAAACAUUUGUUUAGGUUUUAGGGAAAAAGAAAUCCUUGUGAGAGAUGGAUUAUGUUAAUCCUUUUGAAUAGUAAACCAGCAUUGGCUUAUUUUUUGAUCAAAUCAAAUGUGUAAAGGAGCUGGUGUAUAUUUGUUUAGUUAUAGUGUAUGCUAUAUUCUAUCUAUGUGUUAAAUAUAUUUGCAGAAGAUUUAUAAUUUCAAAAUGCAUGUUCCAUUUUUUCUUUAAA